CAGUAUCUGGUUGCAGUCUGCAGAGAAAUAGAGCAGAGAGGACCAACAAUGUCCCGGCUCACGUCCUCACUGGCUCUGUUCUGUCAGGUCAACGCGCUCUCCUGCCUGGUCCUCUGCUACCUGCUCUUCGUCGUGCUGGGAGGUGUGGCGUUCACGGCCGUGGAGAAGCCGGUGGAGAGGGAGCUGAGGGCCGAGGUGGAGGAGCUGCGUCGCUCCUUCCUGCAGGAGAACCCGUGUGUGCAGGAGAGCGGGCUGAGGGAGCUGCUGGGGAAGGCUCUGUCCGCUCACCGCAGCGAUGUGGCCGUUCUGAAGGCUGACGCUGAGGAGAGGAGCUAUGACUUUACAUCUUCUCUUUAUUUUGUCAUUGUCACUCUGACCACCAUGGGCUCAGACUCCUACACCCCCAAAUCAUACGAGGCCAAGCUCUUCUGCAUCUUCUACUGCAUCCUGGGGAUCCCCCUCACCCUCUUCCUCCUCACCCUCCUCUCCAACAUCCUCCUCCCUGUUGUCACACACGCUCCCGUCCACCACCUGUGCACUUACUGGGGUAUGCCCUACGCCCGGGCCGCCCUGGUCCAUGCCGGCCUCCUCUCUGCGCUCGUCCUGUCCCUCCUGUUCCUCCUCCCCGCCCUCCUGGUCUGCGCUGCGGAGCCGGACUGGAGCUUCUUGGACGCCCUUUUUUUCUGCUUCAUUGUCCUGAGUACUGUCGGUCAGGGGGGAGACUCUCUGGGGAGGACCUGGGGCCCAACGGCCAGGGAGACCCUCGAACUACUCACCACAUGUUACCUACUGGUAGGCCUGGUGGUGAUCAUUACCUUAAAGGAUACUGUCCUGCAGGUUCCCCAGGUCUGCGCGGUGAUGAGGCUCUUCUCUGGUCCGCAGUACACUGAGCUGGAAGGCGUCUAUCUCAACGAACUGACGAUGAGUGACGACAACACUGAGGAAGAGCCCCAGUACUCCCAGUCCAUCUGUACUGUCUCCUCCACUCCAUUAGAGCUGUUGUCAGGCCGGCCCGCUCACCCCCACCCACCCAGAACCUCUACUCCCGAAACCACCUGACCUUUACAACUGGAAACUGUUCACACCCCUUUAGCUUCUGACAUUAAGGUGUUUCACUAUUCAAAUACACUUCAGUCCAAUUUGAUCAAAUUCUGUGGAGUCAGAUAUGGGCCACCAGCCAAGUGAAUUUAAAUGAUUCGCUCUGAAUUUAAAUGUAAAGCUAAACUGAAUUAUUUCUCAUGUUAAUAUCCAUGUUUAGCUUUCCAACAACAUACUGCAGCUCAUGGAUGCAACGCUGAAAGACUGAGGUGGUCAGUUUUUAGGAAUAUUCAACCAUCAUCUACUGAAGCGGACCAGUACUCGAUGGUACUGCUGAUUUUUGUCCACAUGAGUACCCUUACUUCUUAUUGAGUACCGCCACGUCUGGUGAGCACGACCGUACACACCACUGAGGUCACCCAGGUCUGAGAUUUUUUCUGAGGGGUAUAUGAAAAAAGUCGUAAAAUAGAAAAUAGUAAGUCCAGUCUGUCUGGUAAACCUGCCUAUUGCAAUGCUGGUGAAAACAGCUUAAUACUAAAACAACACUGAAAAUGUCCUUAGGAUGAGGAUAAAACACUCCAAAAGAAUGAUUUUAUGUUGCGUGACUUUUUUGGGAGAGCUGGGGAGGGUUUUUUAUUUUUUCGUCUCAUUCAAAAUGUCUAUUUUAUUUCAGCCUUUCAUUGUAGUAUAGUAGUUACAUAAAUAGCUACAUCAGGAAGACAACUUUCACUUUCCACAUACAGAGGACAACAGCUGUCUGGAUAAUUCACACUACCUAUUGUACUUUAGUGGCUGGUAACGCAUGCAACCUUUUCCACUGUGUCUCUGGUGUUUUAUUUCUUCCUGUUAGCCAUUGAAAAGGCCUUCAAAAGUUUUUUUAAUGGGCGUUGCUUAAACAAACAGGUAGCAGGAACGAGACUGACCACAAGGUGUCGUAACUAACUAAUGUACAGCUGCAGUCCAGAGGGGUAUUGCACAAAAGUAGAAUAAAGAAAUUGAGCAAGCGCGGCCUGACCUACCUGCUCGGCGCAUCCUGGCUUAAUCGGUUGCACGUUUGCCGAGCCAGGAUGAAAAGGUGCGGCUAUGUUAAGCCAGGUGUAGAUAGUCGGGAUAAGUGCGUGUUCACGGCAUACUGAAAUAGACCUCGCGAUCGCUCACAGAAUCACCGAUGGGAACAUGGAUAAGAGUCGCGCUUCAUAUUUCACGGCCGCUGAACAACAGCUCCUGAUGGAGUUCUAUGAAGAGGUGGAAGAUAUCAUAAGAAAAAAGGCAAUACCAAUGCCAUAAUUAAAGAAAGAGAGAAAGCCUGGCAGACAAUAGCGGACCGGCUUAAUGCUUAAGUAGUCCAAAACUGUACAAUUAAUAAACGGUGCUCCACUGGAACUGUCAUAAUUAGGCUCCAAUUAAAGGACUAAAGGAGUUACUUUAAGUCCACUAAUCAACUGUUGUACACUUUGCUUUAAAUGUGGCAAGUAGAGGUUCAUGUUACUCAGGAAAUGUAAAGUAUGA